AUGGGCAUGGCAGCCACCACAAUUUCUGCUGAUCGGAUAUCCCAAUUGCCUGAUCAAAUCAUACACCACAUUCUCUCUUUUCUUGCAACACCAGAAGUAGUUCGUCUCAGUGUCUUGUCCAAACCAUGGUAUUGUGUUUUCACUUCUUUUCCCAUAUCUGAUUUCUCCGGUCCCUCCUUCGAAAGGGAUUCUGAUGACAGGAAACUCCAGUUCGCUGCUUUUGUCUACACUUCUUUGCUUCGACAAUUGAGACACUACAGAAGCAUACCAAAAUUUCAGUUGUCUCUCACCAGAGAUUUUUAUUCACCUUAUGUUUGUUCUCCCCCUCCUUGGUUGCAGCUUCGUCUCGAUAAAUAUAUCAACCGUUCUAUUCGACUGGCUACACAGAAGGGUGUUAAGGAACUUUCUAUUCAUAUUUAUUGCUUCCCAUUUUAUAGACUGCCCGAAACCCUAUUAUCUGCCAAAGAAUUGGUUGUUUGUAGGUUAUAUGGUUGUGCUCUCAAUAGUACCAUAGAUUUGCCUUCUCUGCGUGAGCUUUCUCUGGAUUCAGUUGAGAUUUGUGACCAGAUGAUUAUUGACAAUCUUACCUUUACCUGCCCGUUGAUAGAGAAAUUUGUUCUGAUAGAUUGUAGACGGCUAGAUUGCCUCAAGCUUUUGGGUUUCAGAAAACUCAAGAAGGUUAAAGUGAAAAGCCAGCUUUUUAAUUCUGAGGGGAAGAGGAUCGAGAUUGAUGCAGUUUGUCUUCAAACUUUCUCUUUCUCUUAUUCUCCAUAUAGCAGUAUUAUGGACGAGUCUCACUUUGAUCUGACCUCCUGCAAAAACCUAGAAGUAUUUAAGUUCAGAGGUGGUAACAUUACAGACAGCAUGAUCCAAUACCUGCAUUCUACUUUCCCCACCCUCAAAGUUCUGGUCUUGGAUGGUUUUCUCGGUCCGAGAAUUGAAGUUUCGAUGCCUCAGCUUGAGAAAUUAUACCUUGCUGUACGUCAGGUGGUGGCAGAGGACGUUGUCAUCAAUACUCCGAGAUUGCAGUCAUUUAAAUAUGUCCUGGAAAACUUCCCGGCUUUGUUUUCAGUGAACCAAACUAGUUUGCAAGAAGUUACUCUUGAAUUAUUUCUCGACGACAUAUAUCGUUGUCACCGUGAACAUUUCGUCGAAGAUUUUAGGGAAUAUCUUAAAAAUUUCGACAAAAUCAAACCUCUCACUUUGCACGUUACCGAGGAUUCAUCUGGGAUGCACGAAAUCAUCAACAAUAUAACCAAUCCUGUUUUGCUUGAUAACAGUCACUUGAAGCUGAAAAUCUCUUUAGAUGGUAAAGAUGGUCAUAGCAUAGCGAAAGAAGGCCACGCUCUUGUUGAUGACUUGUUUUGUAUUUGUCGUCCAGAAUCUUUAUUCCUUGAGUCUGGCUGCCAAACCACUGAAGCAUUCAUGGAGAUUCUUUGCAAGAAAUUAGUGCGUGGAGUGAAACACAGACAUCAUUGUUCAGCUACAGAUGGAAAAUGUUGGCGGCAUGACUUAAAAGGCAUCAAGGUCGAGCGUUGUGGAAGAAAUGGAUAUACAAAUGUCCUUAACUGUGAUGCUUUGUUAGAUUCAUUGCAAACUCUUGAACCAGAGGCGAAGAUUCGUUUUGUAUUCGAAUGGUAG